AUGGCCGACGUCAAACCUCAAUCCGACUCCUCGGAUUCUCAGCCGCUCGUUGACAAUCAACCACCUUCGCCGCAGUCGCCGUCUCAGCCACAGCCGCCGCAGUCUCAGCCGGAGGUUGUGGAAGAGGUAAAGACUCAACCGAAACUAGCUCCGGUGCCGGUGCCACCGCCGCAACAGCCACAGUGGAUCCCGAUGAGAUAUCCACCGGCGGUUGUAAUGCCGCAUCAGAUGAUGUAUGCUCCGGCGCCGCCGCCACCGGCGUACUCGCCUUACCAUCAAUUCUCGAAUCACUACAAUCAGUCUCGCGGUAACAAGUAUCAGAACGCAUCCAACGCUGAUAACAAAACAAUCUGGAUCGGUGAUUUGCAUCACUGGAUGCACGAGAAUUAUCUGAAUUCUAUCUUUGCUUCCAUGGACGAGAUGGCUACGCUCAAGGUUAUUCGCAAUAAGCACACUGGUGCAUCUGAAGGCUAUGGAUUCGUGGAGUUUGAUUCCCAUGAUGCGGCGGAUAAGGUUUUGCAGGAGCUCAACGGAACAACCAUGCCGGGUACUACUGACCAACCUUUCCGUUUAAACUGGGCUAGUUUUAGCACCGGUGAGAAGCGGUUAGAGAGCAACGGUCCUGAUCUCUCUAUCUUUGUGGGGGAUCUGGCGCCAGAUGUCAGUGAUACUUUGUUGUUCGAAACGUUCUUAGCCAAAUACCCAUCGGUCAAAACUGCGAAAGUCGUCUUUGAUGCCAACACCGGCAGGUCAAAAGGCUACGGCUUUGUGAGAUUUGGAGAUGAUAGCGAGAGGACCAAAUCAAUGACGGAGAUGCACGGCGUGAAAUGUUCGAGCCGAGCUAUGAGGAUCGGUCCUGCAACACCUAGGAAAACAACUGGUUUUCAACAACAAGGUGGAUACAUGGUGAAUGGUGCGAUGGCACGUCCUGAUGUGGACUCGGUGAACACAACAAUAUUUGUUGGAGGACUUGACGCUAAUGUCACUGACGAAGAUCUAAGGCACCCUUUUGCUGAGUUUGGCGAAAUAGUUUCUGUCAAGAUUCCUGUUGGCAAAGGAUGUGGUUUUGUUCAAUUUGUUAACAGACCAAAUGCAGAGGAAGCUUUGGAGAAACUUAAUGGGACAAUCAUUGGGAAACAAACCGUUCGUCUCUCUUGGGGCCGUAGUCCAGCCAACAAGCAGCCAAGAGAUAACUAUGCAAACCAAUGGGUUGGACCGUACUACGGAGGGCAGUAUUACAAUGGGUAUGGAUGCAUGGUACCGCAACCACAUGACCCGAGAAUGUACGCCGCUGCGCCUUACGGAGGGUAUCCGAUGUAUGGUGGUCAUCAGCAACAAGUAAGCUGA